AGCACAGGACACACGACACACGACACACGACACACGACCACCGCGGCUGGAAUCAUUCGAAUCACAGAGAUCUUCCAUCAUUCUCAAGGCCUGAAGACGAAGCAGACUUCGUCGACACCUUUCAAUCCAAUUCCAUUGUUUCCGUUUCCUUUGUAGAAGAAAGGCAUUUGAUACUCUUUGUCAUCUCGGCUGCUGCAUCAAAGCGUGAGGCGGAUUGCUUCAAGAAGUGUUUUUUUUAAAGUUAGCGGGUAUCUUGUUUGUGGCUAUCUUUUCCCGAAUCGAAUCCAUCACCAUCUCCUGCUACUUAAGAUAUCAAGAUAUCUCCUAGUAUCCUCUACCAAGAUCAUAUAGAUAACCAUGCCAAAGGAGGGCAAGAAUACGAUGCAGGGCAUUAAAGCCUUUGUCCCUGUGGCUGACAAUCCCACUGAAGCUUCUACUCGAGAGCUGGCUGGAAGGGUAUCUUCCAUUUUGAGUCCGGAUUCACUGACAUCUCUCAAGAAUCGAAGAGCGACAUCCGUGGGAAAUACCGCCACGGACAGCGGCAGCAGUCGAUUUUCCACCGCUGGCGGCAGCACACGAAUUGGCUUAAGCCACAGCCAGCACAAUGCUAACAGCACCAAGAAUUUUGCGGCCGAAAUCAAGACAACGGAUGUCCUGGCAGAGGAAGUAUCGAACAUUUUGGGUUCCACAGUUCUGGGGGCUUUUCAUAAGAGCUCCUCCACAAACGACAAUAAACAGCCACCGGAAUCUGGAAAGAAAAAAACAAAAGAUAGUGGUGGUAAUGGCAAAAAGCCUUCGAAACAAAGAUCCAAGUCUCCCAUCAGAAAAUCAGGCGAGACGCUCUCCUACGACGACGUGGAUAUCGACGAGGAAUCCGACGAUUACGACGAAGGAGGAGUAUCCGACACCAACAGCGAUCGAAAAAGCAGGUCGCGUCGUCAGGGAGAAAAAGACAAACACAAACCAAGAGCUCGUUCGUCGGGAGCCGUGGUCCGCGGCAGCAGCAAAAGGAGUACAUCCCCAUGUCGGCGUGCCAAAAGCACCGACGGUGGAGUCAAACCAACGAGAAAAGGCAAAAAGGAUGCCAGCAGCAAGCGAGAACUGCACGAAAAAGAAUUUGCCAAUCAUGCUGAUAAUGUCGGCAUUGAUUUGGAAGAUGGAUUGGACGAAUUCGAACAUGAAUUGGAAGAGUCUGCAGGAUCCUCCCAAGACGAAGCAGAUCGCGGUAAAAAUCGAAGUGAUCGACCUCAGCGACAACGAUCAAACACAGGUCGUGUAAGACAGAAUCGCCGUGCUCAGUCAGGAGGAAGAGGGGAGGCAGGCGGAAGAGGUCGAGGACGUGGUGGACGAAGAGGCCGCGGAGGUCGUCGAGGUCCAAGACAACGCGGCAAUAUUCAGGCCGCGCAAUUGGCUCAGAUGGCCACGAGCGACCACAAACGAUUCCGUGAAGAAGAUUAUGUGCAAUAUGAACCCGAAUCAGAAUCGGAGGAAGAAGAAACGCAACAAGAACAAGAGAAAAAGACUGAUAAGGAUGGCACAGGCUUGGGAUUUGCAUUAGUUGAUGGAGCAGAAUUCGUCUCAGACAUCACGGAAGGAGCUGCGGCUGCUGCCAGCAUGGCGGUUGGGGGCGCAUCGGAGGCUGCAGGGGCCGUGUUGAACGUGGCUGCUACGGCCGGAGAUACGUUGCUGGAUGUCGGAGGUCUGGUUGGUGGCACCGUUUUUGGUGCUUUGAAUACAGCAGCUGCUACUGUAGGCGAAAGGGCGCAGAGGGUGGUCGGGGGAGAGUCUGAAUACGACGACUUUGAUGCGACCGACUCUGAAGAAGAGCAGGGUCCAGAGAAAAAGACUGACAGUGGAAAACAGGCGUCCUGGGGUUUCAUACAAGGUGGCGUUGCAGGCCCUUCCGUGUGAUCCAUGCCCAGCAACCAGCCAGAGCUUUUUGUUGCGUCUAGCGUGUAAUAGAAACGAUAUUCGUUUUCGUGGCUUCUAGCUAGUGUUAAAGUUGUUUUUUAAAAUGCUAUGGUACCAGUUAUAACACUAACGUAGCCUGUUCAGGUCUUCAAGACAAUCGUCGAGCUACGCUCAGUUACAAAAAACUGGCAUAAAAAUAAAAUAUCUGACUAAGAUUUUAGCCUGAAAGCCAAC